GGUCGGACAGGUGUAGUGCGUUCAGGUAAGAAGCGACGGGCGCGCGUAACGGAUGUCGCGUCGCUCGGGGAAAGUGAACGACGCGGAUUACGAGUGUUUGCGUGGAAAUCGGAGGAAAUUCCGCCGUCACGUGACCGCGUUUCCCUUCAACAGUUUAGGGUAGGCCGUGAGGCGGAAAGCGAAGCGGAUGUCAGCCACCAUGGACAACAACAACCGAAACGAGAAAUCCGAGGGCAUCGCCGCCGCGACGGACGACGGUCGCGAUGAAAACGGCUGCGCGCGCAACAGCGCGGCGAUACUCGAGAGCCCGUCGCUGGCGCACGCGCUGGUGACGACGGUGCCGCAAAACAUCACCGCGAGGGCCCUCGGCGACAAACACACCCCGACUCGCAACAGUCUACGUCACAGCCGAAUGAUUGUGAUGAAUCGCAACGGAAAAACGCCUCGGCAUUAUUUGCCUUUCGUCAUACGCCACUACAAAAUUGUCAAGUCGAUGAAGGUGAUGACUAUCCUGCUCGCGGUGGCCAUGUGCCUAAUUUCCGUGUGGCUCGUGCUCUGGACGCCGACGAUGAGCGCGGCCGACUAUCCCUACUGGAGCGCCGUCCCCGCGCUGUGCUCUGGAAUCGUCGGGUGUUUAUUCCUCGGUUGCUGCCCGCGUCCGUACCCCGGCAGACGGCUCAGCUGGACCUACCAUUACGUCAAGUUCCUUAGCGUAUCCACCACUGUCAUUUCUAUCGCUUCGAUAGUUUUGGUUUUAACAUUCGCGUUGAUCCACGUGACGUAUUUGUACUCUUCGACGUGCGAGUCGUUCGACAAGCUCAACAAGACGUGCGUGUGCGCGCCUGGCGGCGCGACCUCGGCCGUCUUUAACGACGUUUACCACUACGAAGACCUAACGUGCGACGAGGUCGAGCAGUUCCUGCGCGACCUCGAAAUAUCCACCUGCGCGGUAAAUUUCGUCAUGCUGGUGCUCGAAAUCUCGUACUUGUACGUCCACUGGACCGACAGGGACCUGGCGGGGUUCUCCAGGGUGCCGGCUCGCGAUCCCGUCAAAAGCGACGGGAGCUGAUGUGGAGUUCUGGAGACUGAGGGGUGAAUUUUGUGAUAUUAGACGCGGACAAGGAUCCGAGAUACCACGCGACCCAAAGAUUUUUUAUUGUUAAGGUAUUAGCGGUUUGGGGGCCACCGACGAGCUCGUCGCUUGCGUCGCAGCUAUCAGUAUUAUGUAAGGGAUGUAAGAGUCACCGUUUUUGUAAAUAAACCACGUUG